AUGGAUUUACGUAGGCUUUUGGCGCGUGGACAGAAAUCGAACAGGAGCCCGAGCGCAAAGACUGCAACAACAACGACACCGUCCAGCGGUCAAAAUGCCUCGCCACAACUAUUUCCCAGCAAGGGCGAAGGCAGCGUCUCGACUGUGUUGACGACUUCAAAAAAGCGCAAACGCGGGAAAGGCGAGCCACCAGAGACCGUAGAGCUCAAUUUCUUCGGAAAUCAUUCACGGAAUGAUGCGCGCGGUACCGAUUCUCAGGCAGGUGCCAUCGGUGGAAAACAUGUCGAAAAGCAAGAGGCGCAUCCACCUCAUCUACCGUCGAAGAAGCCUGCCAUGAUCUCUCUUGAUGAGCGCAAGCGUAUACUGAAAGAGCACAAAGUGAAGGUCACAUGGCUCAAUGCCGCGCCAUGCUCACAGAAGGCACCAGAGCGAGGGACGCCCAAGAAGAAGGAUAAGAGCGAAAGGGCAGAGAAAAUUUCCAUUUUCCCACAGCCAUUGUGCUCCUUCGCCGAAUUGGAGGCCCAAUAUGAUAUUUCCAGUAGAAUUUCAGCCAACAUUGAGGAACAAGGGUACACAAUGCCCACCGAAGUACAGCUAGGUGCAAUCCCGCUCUUACUGGAAAAGCCCAAAAACGUUCUCUCUUCUGCAGACCGACCGCUUGCCGCUGCUCAUUCUUCCAGCUUAGAUCUAUUGACAGUUGCGCCGACCGGGAGUGGCAAAACGCUGGCGUUCGCGAUCACGCUGCUGCACAGUAUUCAAAGGCUUAGACGAGAACGACCAGGCGAUCGGAGGAGUAGCAAGGGAAUUAUUCUGGCGCCAACAAAAGAACUCGCUGGUCAAAUCGUGAACGAGAUUCGAAAAUUGGCUCGCAAUACAGGCAUAAAAGUCACGCAGGUGCGGAAGGGAAUGCGAUUGGGGUCUGCCAUGACGACCGACAGCGAUGGGGAUUCGGACGAAGACGAAGAUCACAGUGAGGGUCGCGAGGUGUCGGUGAAAUCGGAUGUCCUGGUCUCGACUCCAGGAAUCCUGGCAUCAAUCGUGUCUGCGAGCGAUGCGAAACUACCAGAUGUUCAAUACCUUGUUCUGGAUGAAGCAGAUGUACUCCUUGACCCGCUCUUCCGCGAGCAGACGCUCGGCAUCUGGCACGCUUUGCCUCAUGUGGAAUUGCGGGUUAGUUUAUGGUCAGCAACAAUGGGUAGUAACAUCGAGGAGUUGGCAAUAUCGGUGAUUGGUGAGAGAAAAGCAAAGCUGGGCAUAGUGCAAGACGAUAGCCCUCUCAUUCGUCUUGUGGUGGGCUUGAAAGACUCUGCGGUCCCUAAUGUCGAGCACAGGCUGAUAUAUGCUGCUUCAGAACAAGGAAAGUUGAUGGGACUGCGACAGCUGUUGCAUCCAACAACGCCCUCUUCUGAAGCUGGUCCUCCGUUAUUAUUGCCCUUCCUGGUCUUUACGCAAACCAUCGAACGGGCGGUCGCGCUACAUUCUGAGCUUCUCUACGAUAUCCCUGCUGAAGCUGGCGGCAUUAGUCGGAUUGCAGUGCUGCAUUCUGACCUCUCAGACAGUGCUCGCGACACGGUCAUGACUAAAUUCCGCAAAGGCGAGAUAUGGGUGCUCAUCACGACCGACCUGUUAUCGCGAGGCGUGGAUUUCCGAGGUGUGAAUGGAGUGGUCAAUUAUGAUAUACCGACCUCAAGCGCUGCAUACGUACACCGGGUAGGACGAACAGGGCGCGCAGGCCGAGAAGGCGGCGUGGCUGUUACGCUGUACACCAAGGAAGAUGUUCCAUACAUAAAGCACGUUGCCAAUGCUGUCGCUGCUGCGCAGAAGCAAAAAGCGGAAGCGGGAGCUAGCCAGGAGGGCGGUGUGCAGCAAUGGCUCUUGGAUACGUUACCAAGUCUGACGAAGAAAGCCAAACACGAUCUGAGGAAAUAUGGUGUUGAAUCUCGCACCGCACGUGGCGCCAGUAAAGACCCCAAAGCCGCGAGGAAAGCCAAGAUCAGCACAAAGGCGGGAUACGUGCGCCGAGAAGAGAACAAGAGAAAAGGGGCCAUUCAAGGCAGCCGAAACCGUUCUCGGGAAGCAGCGCCUGAAGAUAGUGAUUCGGACUUUGGUGGAUUUGAUUGA